GGGCCAAUCGCCUCCCAGAUAAGGCCUGCAGGUGGGGUCCCACGUCUACACUAAUUGUGGAAAGUACACUUGGGCACUUGGCAUCGCGGCCGAGGUCCCCGAAAAAGAGCCAUGCUGGGCCCUAAUCCAGACGUGAUAUUUUCUCGCGAUUUUGUCACGUUAGCGGCCAGCUACAUCCUGACGAUCCUGUCACCCGCUCGAUCGGCGGGCGCUGGAGCGCGCGCAUCUAGCUUUGUGCAAGUUUCACGGGAUCUCUAGCUUUGUCGGCGGCACAUGAGCAGCUCCAAGCACGCCGCGGGCGCCGUAGGCGGCAAGGCCGCGCGCGCCUGCGACAGCUGCCUGAGGCGGCGCGCGCGGUGGUACUGCGCUGCCGACGACGCCUUCCUGUGCCAGGGCUGCGACGCCUCGGUGCACUCGGCGAACCCGCUCGCCAGGCGGCACGAGCGCCUGCGCCUGCGCCCGACGGACCCGCACUCGACGACGCUCGAGGCCGGCGUGGCGACGGCGACGUGGAAGAAGCGCCAGCAGCAGGUCGCGCCGGCGUGGUCCAAGCGCAAGGCGCGCACUCGGAGGCCGCACGUCAAGAGCGUCGGGGAGCUCCUGUCGAGGAAGCUCGUCGUCGUGCCUGAGGUGUCCCCCAUCGAAUCGUCGGAGGAGCGGAAGGCCGAGGAGGAGGAGGAAGAGGAGGAGGGGCAGCUGCUGUACUGCGUGCCGACCUUUGACCGCGCCCUGGCCGAGCUCUGCUCGCCACCGCCUCCGGUCGAUGACCCGACGGCCUCAUCCUGCUGCAGGGAUGACGUCGACGGCGCCGUGGAGAACAACACAAAGGCACCACCGGUCGUGGUCGCGGAAUCGCCCGUGCAGCAGCUCCCGGACAGCUUUGCCGGCUUCGGCCCCACGGACGCCGAGCUCAGAGAGUUCGCCGCAGACAUGGAAGCCCUUCUUGGCCAGGGCCUGGACGACGGCAACGAGCUGGAUAGAUCGUUCUACAUGGAGAGCCUAGGGCUAAUGGCGCAGCAGGCGGAAGACGUCGGCCGGAUAAAGAUGGAGCCCAACGGCAUCGUAAGCUCCCGCUCCCGCGGCGAGGGCGCUCCCGGGUUUGGCCCUACGGAGAUGAAGCCAGAGGCGUCGUCAGCUGCUGCUGAGGUGCUGGACACAGACUUCAACUGCUGCUCGCCCACGGUGAUGAUGGAUAACGAGGAUGAGGACAGUUUCGAACAGAAGGCGUCGGCGAGCAACGCUGCCGCCGCCGCCGCGGGUACGCAAUUCUUGAAGAGGAGCCUGGAUCUCAGCCUCAACUACGAGGCCAUCAUCGAGAGCUGGGGAAGCUCGCCGUGGACCGAUGGCCAACGGCCAAGCGUCCAGCUCGACGAUUUCUGGCCCCACGCCCACCUCACGGGCUGGAUGGCGGGAGGAGGACGGUUGGGUGGGGAGGCGGCGGUGACUCCACGGCUGGGGAUGGGCGGCGGGCGAGAGGCGCGGGUAACACGGUACCGGGAGAAGCGGCGGACGAGGCUGUUCGCCAAGAAGAUAAGGUACGAGGUCCGGAAGCUCAACGCGGAGAAGCGGCCGCGGAUGAAGGGCCGAUUCGUCAAGCGACCAGCUGCCGCUGCAGGAGGAGGAGGCGAGGAGCUACCAUUGCCGCCCCGUGCGCCGUCACCUAGCUUGCCGAUCGAAGUCGCCCGUGUCGCGGCGCAGUCCCCGUGCGGCGUGCCGAUCGGGGUCAGGCCGCGCCCGUGUCCCCGUGAGUGUCGAGGUCGUUGACCUGCUCGAUCGGCAUGAAAUCACGGACUCAGAAUUUGUCGAAGCUCCUUUAGACAUUUAGUUAGUUGGUUCUACACAUCACUUUGUGUUUCUCUCAAUCAUUUCGGCAUCCGUGAAUCCGGAGGGGUUAAGACGAAACCCUGCUGUGCAUUUCUACAGGGGUGUCGUCGCACCGUCUGGUUUAAGCCAAAACAGUUCGGGAACAGACACCAAAUAGAAAACAAUAUGUAAACUGCAUGCAUCUUGUAACUAGCCAUCAUGUAUAUAUGUGCAGCAAACCUUUAAUUUUA